CAGAGCGCCGGCGGCGGCCUCGGCGGAGUCGGUGUCGGCGGCCGGGGCUGAGCUGUGAGUUUCCGAUCGAGAACAGCGUUGGGGAAGAUGGCGGCUAGCGGAUCAAAAGAUUUGCUGAACAGUGGACUCCAAGAUCGGUGAAGCUAAGCUCCUACCUGACCUUACUGACCAGGCCAUCAGUUGCUGAUCUGUGAUCAGGAUGAGUGGACUAGGUGAAAACUCCUUGGAUCCACUGGCCACUGAGUCUCGAAAACGGAAACUGCCUUGUGAUGCUCCAGGACAAGGUCUUGUCUACAGUGGUGAGAAGUGGAGACGGGAACAGGAGAGCAAGUAUAUAGAAGAACUGGCCGAGCUGAUAUCUGCAAAUCUUAGUGAUAUUGACAACUUCAACGUCAAACCAGACAAAUGUGCCAUUUUAAAGGAAACAGUGAGACAGAUACGUCAAAUAAAAGAACAAGGAAAAACUAUUUCCAGUGAUGAUGAUGUUCAGAAAGCUGAUGUGUCUUCUACAGGGCAGGGAGUCAUUGAUAAAGACUCUUUAGGACCGCUUUUACUCCAGGCACUGGAUGGUUUCCUGUUUGUGGUGAAUCGAGAUGGAAACAUUGUAUUUGUGUCAGAAAAUGUCACACAGUAUCUUCAGUACAAGCAGGAGGACCUGGUUAACACAAGUGUCUACAGCAUCUUACAUGAGCAAGACCGGAAGGAUUUCCUUAAACAUUUACCAAAAUCCACAGUUAAUGGAGUUUCUUGGAGUAAUGAGAACCAGAGACAAAAAAGCCAUACAUUUAAUUGUCGUAUGUUGAUGAAAACACAUGAUAUUUUGGAAGACAUGAAUGCCAGUCCCGAAACACGGCAGAGAUAUGAAACAAUGCAGUGCUUUGCCCUGUCUCAGCCUCGAGCUAUGCUGGAAGAAGGGGAAGACUUGCAGUGCUGUAUGAUCUGCGUGGCCCGCCGUGUGACCACAGAGCGGCCAUUCCCAUCCAGUCCUGAGAGCUUUAUUACCAGGCACGACCUUUCCGGAAAGGUUGUCAAUAUAGAUACAAACUCACUUAGAUCUUCCAUGAGGCCUGGCUUUGAAGACACAAUCCGAAGGUGUAUCCAGAGAUUCUUCAGUCUGAAUGAUGGGCAGUCAUGGUCCCAGAAGCGUCACUAUCAAGAAGCUUAUAUUCAUGGCCACGCAGAGACCCCAGUGUAUCGUUUCUCAUUGGCUGAUGGAACUAUUGUGAGUGCGCAGACAAAAAGCAAACUCUUCCGCAAUCCUGUAACGAAUGAUCGCCAUGGCUUCAUCUCCACCCACUUUCUUCAGAGAGAACAGAAUGGAUAUAGACCAAACCCAAAUCCUGCAGGACAAGGCGUUCGACCUCCUGCAGCAGGGUGUGGCAUGAACAUGUCUCCAAGUCAGACUGUACAGAUGUUGGGCAGCCGGACCUAUGGCGUGGCAGAUCCCAGUAACACAGGACAGAUGGGUGGAGCUAGGUAUGGGGCUUCUAGUAGCGUAACCUCGCUGACCCCAGCACAAAGCCUACAGUCACCAUCUUCCUACCAGAACAACAGCUAUGGACUCAACAUGAGCAGUCCCCCACACGGCAGUCCUGGUCUUGGCCCCAACCAGCAAAACAUCAUGAUUUCUCCUCGUAAUCGUGGGAGCCCAAAGAUGGCCUCACACCAGUUCUCUCCUGCUGCAGGUGUACACUCUCCCAUGGGACCGUCUAGCAACACAGGGAGUCACAGCUUCUCCAGCAGCUCCCUCAGUGCCUUGCAAGCCAUCAGCGAGGGUGUGGGGACCUCUCUUUUAUCCACUCUGUCUUCACCAGGCCCCAAGCUGGAUAACUCUCCCAAUAUGAAUAUAAACCAGCCAAGCAAAGCGAAUAGUCAGGAUUCUAAGAGCCCCCUAGGCUUAUACUGUGAACAGAAUGCAGUAGAGAGUUCGGUGUGUCAGUCAAAUAGCAGAGAUCACCCCAGUGACAAAGAAGGCAAGGAGAGCAGUGGGGACGCGUCAGAGACUCCCAGGGGACCCCUGGAGAGCAAAGGUCACAAGAAACUCCUGCAGUUACUCACAUGCUCCUCCGAUGACCGAGGCCAUGCCUCCUUGACCAACUCUCCCCUGGAUUCAAACUGCAAAGACUCUUCCAUUAGUGUCACCAGCCCCUCUGGAGUGUCCUCCUCAACACCAGGAGCAGUGUCUUCCAGCUCUAACAUGCAUGGGUCUCUGUUGCAAGAAAAACACCGGAUUUUGCAUAAGUUGCUGCAGAAUGGUAACUCACCAGCGGAGGUCGCCAAGAUCACUGCAGAAGCCACUGGGAAAGACACUGGCAGUACUGCUCCCUGUGGAGAAGGGAGUGUCAGGCAGGAACAGCUGAGUCCUAAGAAGAAGGAGAAUAAUGCCCUUCUUAGAUACCUGCUGGACAGGGAUGACCCCAGUGAUGUGCUUGCCAAAGAGCUGCAGCCCCAGGCGGACGGAGGGGACAGUAAACUUAGUCAAUGCAGCUGCUCCACCAAUCCCAGCUCAGGCCAAGAGAAAGACCCCAAAAUUAAGACAGAGACGAGUGAGGAGGUAUCAGGAGACCUGGAUAAUCUAGAUGCCAUUCUUGGAGAUUUGACUAGUUCUGACUUCUACAACAAUCCUACAAAUGGCAGUCACCCAGGGGCCAAACAGCAGAUGUUUGCAGGACCAAGUUCUCUGGGUUUGCGAAGCCCACACCCUGUGCAGUCUGUCCGUCCUCCAUAUAACCGAGCAGUCUCUCUGGACAGCCCUGUGUCUGUUGGCUCAGGUCCACCAGUGAAGAACGUCAGUGCUUUCCCUGUGUUACCAAAACAGCCCAUGCUGCCUGGGAACCCGAGAAUGAUGGACAGCCAGGAGAAUUUUGGUGCCAGCAUGGGUGGACCAAACAGAAACGUUCCUGUGAAUCCAGCUUCUUCCUCAGGAGACUGGGGUCUAGUUAACUCAAGGGCCAACAGAAUGGAACCUCUGGCUUCAAGUCCCCUGGGAAGAGCUGGAGCAGACUACAGUGCUGCUUUACCAAGACCUACCAUGGGGGGCGCAGUGCCUACCUUGCCACUUCGUUCUAAUAGACUACCAGGCGCAAGACCAGUAUUGCAGCAGCAACAGCAGCAGCAGCAGCAGCAGCAACAGCAACAGCAACAGCAGCAACAGCAGCAGCAGCAACAACAACAACAGCAGCAGCAACAACAGCAGAUGCUUCAAAUGAGAACUGGUGAGAUUCCCAUGGGAAUGGGGCUCAAUCCCUAUAGCCCAGCAGUGCCAUCUAACCAACCAGGUUCCUGGCCAGAGGGCAUGCUGUCUAUGGAACAAGGUCCUCAUGGGUCUCAAAAUAGACCUCUUCUUAGAAACUCUCUGGAUGAUCUGCUGGGGCCACCUUCUAACCCAGACGGCCAGAGCGACGAGAGAGCCCUGCUGGACCAGCUGCACACACUCCUGAGCAACACCGACGCCACGGGCCUGGAGGAGAUCGACAGGGCCUUGGGAAUUCCUGAGCUCGUGAAUCAGGGACAAGCUUUGGAGUCCAAACAGGAUGUUUUUCAAGGCCAAGAAGCAGCAGUAAUGAUGGAUCAGAAGGCUGCACUGUAUGGGCAGACGUACCCGGCUCAGGGUCCUCCACUGCAAGGAGGCUUUAACCUUCAGGGACAGUCACCAUCUUUUAACUCUAUGAUGAGUCAGCUCAGCCAGCACGGCAGCUUUCCUCUAGGCAUGCAUCCUAGAGCCAGCCUCGGGAGACCAAGGACAAGCACCCCGAAGCAGCUGAGAAUGCAGCUUCAGCAGAGGCUGCAGGGCCAGCAGUUUUUAAAUCAGAGCCGGCAGGCACUUGACAUAAAAAUGGAGAACCCCACUGGUGCUGCUGUGAUGAGGCCCAUGAUGCAGCCACAGCAGGCUUUCUUUAAUGCCCAAAUGGCUGCCCAGCAGAAGCGAGAGCUGAUGAACCAUCACCUGCAGCAGCAGAGGAUGGCCAUGAUGAUGGCACAGCCACAGCCUCAGGCCUUCAGCCCACCCCCCAACGUCACCGCUUCCCCCAGCAUGGAUGGGGUUUUGGCAGGCUCAGCAAUGCCACAAGCUCCUCCACAACAGUUUCCAUAUCCAACAAAUUAUGGAAUGGGACAACCACCAGAGCCAGCCUUUGGUCAAGGCUCUAGUCCUCCCAGUGCAAUGAUGUCAUCAAGAAUGGGGCCUUCCCAGAAUGCCAUGGUGCAGCAUCCUCAGACUGCACCCAUGUAUCAGUCCUCGGAGAUGAAGGGGUGGCCGUCAGGGAACCUGGCCAGGAACAGCUCUUACCCCCAGCAGCAGUUUGCUCCCCAGGGAAACCCUGCAGCGUACAACAUGGUGCACAUGAACAGCAGUGGUAGUCACUUGGGACAGAUGACCAUGACCCCCAUGCCCAUGUCUGGCAUGCCCAUGGGUCCUGAUCAGAAAUACUGCUGACAUCUCCCUAGUGGGACGAGAAGGAAAUCACUGUACAGAUGACACUGCACAGGAUGGCUCAUCUGGACGAAACAAGUCAUUGUCUAGGCAUCCAGCUUAGAAGCAAGGCCAGCGUGACCACCACGGGGGUGUUCCAAAGUGCUGUCAUUUGAGCAGAACUGGGUCUCAAGCUGAAGCGCACUGUCUACCUGAUGCCCUGCCUCUGUGUGGCAUGGUGUUCUGCCUCAUGAGGAUGUGAUUCUGGAGAUGGGUGCUCAUGGUCCCCGUUCUCUACUUCACGUCCUCUGCCUCGCCAGCCAAAGUCUUCACAUAGAUUUAGAUGGCUAGGGUUUCUGUCUUGCAGCACUGGACGAGGAGCACAGUCUGCCUUCAAGUGUGUCGUCAGCAAAUAGUUCUGUGUCGCUCUCCUGUCCAGUGCAAUCAGUGUUUCUGCGCUCUUGUCCUUUACAGAUGUAGUCCCCAGAGUCUGUUGUCCUAGGUCUCUCCUGAUGAGGUCCCCGUACCCUAUAAUUCUCAAGGGAUUUGUCAUUGAUGUUAAAUGGCUUUGCAGAAGGGAAAAUGAGAUGGCAAUAUUGAAUUUUCCCGCCCCAUGUGCAGCCAAGUGCACUUUACUGAGGAAGUCAUGGAGAAAUGCAAUAUUCUUGGGCGUGAGGAAUGGUGAACCACAUUCCUGGUUUUUGUCUGCACUAAUCUGUUAGGACAAGAACAUGAUUGUUUUUUGUUUGUUUGUUGUUUCUUUUAAGUACUGGCGUCACCCUUUGCCUAUAUGGUAGAGCAAUAAUGCUUUGAAAUAAACUUGUGAAACCCAAGGCCAGGUACUGCACUCUGAAUCAGAAGCUAGCAGUGCUUCUGUGAAUACACUUCUUUUUGUAAAUAUGAUCUUUUAAGAUAUUGUAUUAUGUGAAAAUAUGUACAUACCUUUUUUUGUAGGUCACAGCAGCUCAUUUUUACAGAGUUUGUGAAACUAAAUAUUUAACAUUGUCGAUUUCUGUAAGCUCCAUGCAGUGAGGCUAGGUGCAGAGGAGACAUCUGGACCGCCCAGCCUGGGGGGCAGGGCAGCCUGCAGCUCCCCCUCGCUUUACAGGCCUCACUCUUUAAUCUAAAGGCUUUUUAAAGUGAUCAUUUGUUUAGAUGUAGGCAUUUAAAUUUUUUAAAAACUUUCUUUACCAGAGAACUACGCACUUUGUUGAUUUGUGGGGAGAGUAGAUGUGGGGAAAGGAGCUAACACAAACAGACCAAGAAUUCAAAACAACCACGCAAAUCGAUUCACAAAGAAGCUGGUGUUUUUUAAGCAGUCCAUAAAUUAAAGGAUAAUAAUUUUGGAAAACUUGAGUAUGUAGCCCAUUCAUCAUUUUAGGAGUGAUUUCUGUUACUAGGACCUGAGCCCCACAUUUAGGUCAAAGGCCUUGGGCCUUUGUGUGGUCUGGUGUCUGCUCAGCUCCCCUGCUGUUCAGCUCACGGUGGGGGUGGGAGGGUCUCUUACUACCUCUCUGCUUCAGGGUGCUGAGCUCAGAACCAGGCCUGCCAGUUCUGUUGAGUCAGAGUGACCCCGCCCACCAGCUCUCUGCCUCCUCUUGGGAAACCAAGUGUAAUGCCCUUUAUUUGGGUCCCUUAGGUUCAAACAGAUGACAUUAGGUUAUUAGAACAUCUGUAGCUUUCAAGUGUCUCUGCCAGCCCUGGUGUCAUCUUCUGAGAGCCAGUUAGUGUUUAAAGGCCGUUGUUCUCGUUGUUCUCGUCUCCCUGAAGGGAGCCUCACUCCAUUCUUGAGCACUCUGAGAGAAGCUUGAGUUUCCAGAGCCCCCUGUGGAUGGACUUGGCUUUCCAAUGUGUUUGGGUCAUGAUGGGCUUCCCCUGUGAGUGACCCACUGUCCCACUGUCCCAGGUACCGUUGUGUGCUGCACUUGGCAGGUGACACCUGAGCUGGCUGGCAGGGCUGGGCCUUCCUUGCUUGGGUGUGCAGGCCACAGUGGGCUCCUCCCCGCAACUUGGAAAGACAUUGACAAACCCAGCUUUGAUUCUGUCCUCAGAGCACCCCAGCUCCAAGUUAAAUGGUUGGCACCCCUUUUUGUAUGUAGAGAAAAAUGAAGUUUAUUAUGUUUCUUUAUUUUCUACUUACUGAUUUUUAUCGGUGCCAGUUCAGCAUUCUGAUUUCUUUUUAAUAGCCUCUGGGGUAAUUUGUUCCUUUUACCUGAAUUGCCCUUUGAUCUUUUUUGGGUAAUUCUCUUUGUACUCUUCUUGCCUACCUCGCCACCCCCCCACCCCACCCCCGGCCCUCUUUAAACCUAGGUGUCUUUUGGGGCAAACAGUAUAAAAGUAUUCUUUUCAUCUGCUUUUAUGAUGUGGGGACAUUUUCAGUAUCUCUCUCUCUCUCUUUUUUUUUUUUUUUUUUUUGCUGAAUCCAAAGAUAUAUAAAUAAAAAUGUAUUUUAUGAAGAUCCAAAUGAUAUUAAGGAAACAUGUUUCUUCAAAAAUAAAUGAAGCUGUGCUGUUGCUGUUGGUAUCAGAACGCUUUCUCUCUAAACUGCCCCUGUCAUUAACAGCCCCACUCAGUUCAUCAGCAUCAGAUGCUGAGGUGAGUCGGGGGCCAGAGGCAGUGGGCACUAUGGCAGAUAAUUGGCUUGAUUCGGGUAGAUACAGCUAGACCAUGCAGAGGGUUGCCAGUUGACAACACACCAGUCCAGCCCCUUUCUGUCUGCGGCGACUGUGGAAUCUGUUUCCAAGUCAAGCGUUACCUCUAGGCUAGCUGAGAUCUGGCCCUGCCAUGAAGCAACAGGGGUUUCUACCUCCAGUGCAGGUGAUUAAAAACAGGGCGGUGUUUUGUUUUUCUCUUUCCUCCUCCUUUUUUCUCUUCCUUUGAAAAUACGGAAUUUUGAAGAAGAUGGAAAUGUCACUCCAAGAGCAGUAAAUUCUCAGGAACUGACCGACACCACUGAGAACACAUUUGGGGUUAAUCACGUUUAUAUUAAGUGUCAUCUAAGAUGUCAUUCUUUACACUGCAAGGAAGUCGAAACCACAUGGGUGACUCGGUGGAUCGAGCUUUGGAUGCCUUGCCGACUGUCUGGACGCUCUUGUAAAUAAAGGUUUCUAUUUAAACCUCA